AGUCAAUUUGGUAAAUAAUCCAUAAAAACAUAUUGUUUCGAAUUCAUCAAACGAAUUUUGCAUUUCUUUCGCGUUUAGUUAAACUUUUAAAAUGUCAAAGCGUAAUUUAUCAGAAUUGUUUUUCAUGCUUCGAAAUAAUGUGUUAUACAGUAAAAACAUUUACUCGGAAGGGCAACCUUCUGAUAAUCUUGCAUUGCUAAAUAAUGGGCCCGACAACAACGUGCUGGAGCAUCCGAUUUGGAUAGGAAGAUAUGAAGAAAUCCAUUAUUUGUUAUCUAAGAUAAAGACUCGCAUUGAUGACCUUCUCAAUAUUCAAAACAACACAGUGCGAUCUGUUCUUUCGGAAAGCGUUGAAGAUGAGAAAAAGAUAGAAUCCUUAACCAAAGAAAUAUCUAAAUUGAUUGCUACUUGUCAUGGCCAGAUAAAGUCAAUCAAAUCUUACAGCAAAGGAAAUAAUAAUCUAGAACGUGUUAUGCUGCAAAAUGUAGAAAGAAGCUCUAUGAUUUCACUUCAACAUGUCACGGAAACGUUUCGUAUAAAUCAGACCACCUAUAUGGAUAAACAAAAGAGUUUACUUAAGAAGUCUAAAGAAUUUUUUGAAACAAUGCCGUGCAACUUCGAAGGAGUUCCGAAAAACUCGGUGGAAACUUUUGAUAACUUUUUAAACAUGGAUGUUCCAUCGACCUCCCCGAAAGGAUUAAACUACGACAACGACGAUGACAAACUGGACGAGUAUUUUCAGCUACCUUCAUCGGGCAUCAGUAUCAACCAGAAACAAAUGUUGCUAAUCGAAUCAGACAACACGAAAAUGAUUUCAAGUCGAGAGCAAGAAGUCAAGCAUAUUGUUAACUCCAUAGUCGAUCUUAAUGUUAUAUUUAAGGAUUUAUCUCAGCUCGUUCAAGAGCAAGGAACAAUAUUGGAUCGAAUUGACUACAACAUAGAAACAACACAGACUCGUGUCAUUGAAGGAUAUAAACAACUUCAAAAAGCUGAAAAAUUUCAACGUAAGAAUAGGAAAAUGUUCUGCAUAGUUAUCCUGGCUAGUAUGAUCAUGUUUAUGAUCAUACUGACUGUGUUUACCAAAUUUUAAAUAAAUUUCAAAAUAUAUGUUUAAAUUAA